AUGUACCAUUUUACAAUCCUUUUCAAAACACAAUUAAUUUUGACUAAAAAACGGUUAUUCAUUGGUUGUAACUUGGUUUUAAUCAUGUUCACAUUUUUAAAAGAAAACACCCCCUUCUUAGACACUUUCUCGCUUCCAAAAGAAAAGUACAAAGCAAUUUACAUCAAUUCAAUCAAUGAAAAAUUUCCAUCAAAUAUUGUAAGCACAACAAAGUAUAAUCUAUUUACUUUUGUUCCCAAAUUUAUGCGAUUUUAUUUGAGUCAAAUGACAAAUAUUUAUUUCUUGUGUAAUUUGAUCAUUUGUAGUAUUCCUCAAAUAUCUACAGUGACACCAAUUACGGCUCUUGUACCAAUCGCCGUUGUGCUUUUGGUUACUUCAUUCAGAGAAAUUGUUGAAGAUUUUAAAAGACACAAAUCGGAUAAAAUGACCAAUCACAUGAAGUAUUUUUACUUCGAGAAAGGAUCAGAGACAAAAAUUCGUGCAAAAGAUGUGAAAGUGGGGAUGACUCUUAAAAUAGAAAAUGGUCAAACAUUUCCAGCAGACUGUGUUUUAAUUUACUCAUCCCAUGAAAAUGGAAUAUCAAGCGUUGAAACUGCUGCCCUUGACGGAGAAACUUCUCUUAAAAAGCUGUAUGUACCAAAACAACUGUUAAGUUUCCAAAAGGAAGAAAUACCCACAUUGAAUGGAGAGCUAAUUGCUGAGAGUCCUAAUGAGCAAUUUGGACAAUUCUCUGGAAACUUGUGUGUCAAUGAUUAUUGCAGCUCGACUAUUCCAUUAAACGAGAAAAAUUUGGUACUUCGAGGCUCUGUUUUAAGAAAAACAGAAUAUAUUUAUUGUAUUGUGUGUUACACUGGAAAAAAUACCAAACAAGCUUUGAACUCUUCUUUGCCUAGAAAUAAACAGUCGGCCAUAAAUAAAAAGUUGAACAGUCUUGUGUUGGCUGUAGUUGCUUUCCAACUCAUGUUAUGUGGAGUAAUGGCAGGAUGUGCAACGUGGAAACAUGACACCAUUUGCCCUGUAAAAGGGUACUGGUAUUUGGCUGUUGAUAUUCAACUCAGUCUUCCUCUUUACUUUAUUAAAAAAUUCUUUGGAUUUUUCAAUGUGACAUCUUACAUGAUACCCAUUUCAUUACAAGUGUCUAUUGAACUUACUCGAUACAUUCAGGGGUCGUUAAUAGAAAGAGACGACUACUUCAAAGUAAAGAAAAUUGAUAAUGAAGGAAAAGAGACACAAAAAGGAAUGAAAACAAAUUGUUCAGUAUGUAUUGAAGAAAUGGGUGGUGUUGAAUAUGUUCUUACAGAUAAAACUGGUACUCUAACUGAAAAUGAAAUGAAAUUUACUAAGUGUAGUAUUAAUGGUAUGGUUUUUGAUGCAGAAGAUUCGGGAAAAUUAAUUGAUGUUGAAACACGUGAAUAUGAACAAGAAAAUGUAUCAGAUUUUUUCAAAUGCCUUUCUCUGUGCAGCUCAUGCAGUAUUGAACAGAAAGAUUCAAUAAUAGAAUAUUGGUCAAUUUCUCCAGAUGAAGAAGCACUAUGUGAAGCUUCUUCUGCUAACGGCUUUACACUCUUAAGAAGAACACAAGAAGAAGCAGAUAUUACAACUCCCCAAGGAAAAACAUUGAAGUGUCAAAUCUUGUUAACAAAUGAUUUUUCAAGUGAAAGGAAGAUGAUGAGUGUUUUGGUUCAAACAGGUACAAGGUUCGUUUUAUAUGCCAAAGGAGCAGAUUCAAUUCUUUCAACAUUGUUGUUGGACAACAAACAAUCAAACGAUUUACUUUUAACCACACAAAAUCAUUCCAACAGUUUUGCAAAUAGUGGGUUAAGAACUUUAUUUAUUGCUCGUCGUGUUUUAAGUGGAAAGGAAGCUUAUGCAUAUAUCAACAACUUUGAGAAAUUAGAUGUUCUUUCGAAGAAUUACAAAGAAGAAUACAAUAAAAUAGUUAACAAUUUGGAGAGUAAUUUCGAGUUAUUGGGAGCAACAGCAAUUGAAGAUAAAUUACAAGAAAAUGUACCAGAAACAAUUACAACUUUAAUAGCAACUGGAUUAAAAAUAUGGGUAAUCACGGGAGACAAACAAGAAACUGCGAUUUCAAUCGCAAAAAGUUGUAAUUUGUUAGUGCCAAAUCAGAAAAUAUUAUGCUUUGACUUUUUAAGUGAAAAUGAGUUUCUUGAUGCUGCCGAGAAUGAACUUUCUUUAUUGCACAACAAUCCAAAUAACGAGCAAAGUAUUUUUAGUGUUGUUCUUUCUGGAAAUAAUGUUGACUAUUUUCUUAAUAACAGCACAAGUUUUAAAGAACUCGCUCUAAGAGCAAAAACAGUUGUGUGUUGCAGAGUGUCACCACUUCAAAAGGCUUCCAUAUGUAAAUGUGUUAAAAAAUUAACAGGAAAGAUUUGUUUAUCGAUUGGGGAUGGAAUGAAUGACGUUCCAAUGAUAACAGCGAGCGAUGUUGGUGUAGGUAUAUACGGCAAAGAAGGUUGUCAAGCAGCCGUUUCUGCUGAUUUUUCAAUUCAGAAAUUUUCUCAUUUGGGGAAGCUUUUGUUGUUCUAUGGGAAAAAUGCAAAGACGCAAAUAUCAACACUGAUCAAAUUCUGUUUUUAUAAAAACGCUGCAUUUUUCUUAGUCAACGUCUUCUUUGCAAUGAUAUCAAAUUACACCGCACAGAUGUUGUAUGAAGAUUGGAUUACAACUUGUUAUAACACUUUUUUCACCACCCUCCCACCAAUGGCAAUUGCACUUUUUGAUUAUGAUUUAACAUGGGAUUAUAUUAAAAGGUACCCUCAGAGUCAUAGAGAAACGUUAAGGAGUAAAGUGUUCUCUUUUUGGUCAUAUUUAAAGUGGUUUUUGCUUGGAAUAUUCCAGGCUCUUGUAUUCUUUAUUGUUGUGUUCUUUAUAAUCAACAAAACAGAUGUUACAUAUUAUGGUAAAGUUAACGGAUUUCCAUUUUCUGUUGUUUCAGUCACGACAUUUGGACUUAUUUCAAUUUGGAUUACAAUGGCAAUCAAAGUCAAAAGAUUCAAUAUAAUUAUUAUUGGCGCGUUUGUUUUGAGUAUAUUGGCAUAUGUGUUGGUGUACACCGGAGUCAUGUUCAUACCUGGUAUGUCAACAGCAAAUAUCUCAACGUUUGGGUGGAAAAUUGUAUUGGUGCAACCCAAUUUUUAUUUGAUCACGUUGUUGGCUGUGUCGAUUGCAGCAUUCCCACAAGUUUUGGAUAAGUGUAUUCGAAGAUUAAAAGAACCGACUAAUUGGCAAAUAUUACAAGAAGUUAAUUAUAAAGAGAAGAAAAGUGUGAAGAAACCAAAAGCAUUGGAAAUGGAAGAAAUUGUGCUAAUCGAGAGAAGUUCUCCCAAAUUAACGAAAAAGUUUGAGAAAACAAAGUCACUACAAAUGUAG